CUGAUUCUCUCCAAGCGCUGUCACAAUCGCCUUCAGAUCAGCAAUCUCCUGAUCCUUCGCUGCAAUCCUCGCUCUGAGCGCCGCAAUCUCCUUCCUACCCGCCUUGACCCCUUCCUCCAGCUCCAAAAACUCACUCUCGCGGCUUUUGAUCUGACCAUCCUUGUGCGUAGACUCCCUCUUCAGAUUGAUGAUCGUCGCAUCACGGAGCUCGAUCUUCUCUGCGAGUUUGUUCUCCAACAGUAUGUACUCCGUUUUCUGUGUGGCGAGCUCAGCUUGUAGCUUAGACAACUGGUCGCGGAGACUUGUAGAGUCUAGGUCAGAUUGGGCGGCGAGGGCGUCUUGAAGUUGGCGCUCCAGCUCCCUGACCCUUUCGUUGAUCUGCUCCCUAGAACCUUCGUUCGAAGCACUAAGGUCGAUUUCUUGGAGUUUCGCUUGCAAUUCCCUGAUUUGGGCGGUCCUGGAGUUCAAGGUAGUACGAAUUUCCCACUCCGAACGCUUCAAGUUUCCAAUUGUAGUUUUGGCGUUAUGUAGUUCCUCAUGCACGCCCUGAUUUUCAAAUCGAAUUCUCUUUUCCAGUCUCUCGAGCUCGCCUUGAUGUUUCUUUUCAAUCUUAUGGAUACUUGCUUCGUGUGCUUUCUCCAUGGCCCGGAUGUCGCUUUGUUGCUUCUUCAGAGAUUCCUUAGUCUCUUUCUGGUGCCGCUUGUCUAAGUCAUGGAUCUGAGCUUGGUGCUUCUUUUGUGCGUCCUUGAUCUGUUUCUGGUACCGCUUCUCUGUAUCCUUAAGCUCUGCUUGUGCGUCCUUGAUUUCGUUGCGGUGCUUCUUUUGCGCCUGCCUGACUUCCUCUUCAUGCUUGUGCUGCAAGUCAGACAGCUUUUGAUUUGAAGCUUCAAGGUUCGUUUCAAGUUGCGCCCUGAGUUGAUUAAUAAUCUGGCCCUGGGUGCUAAUACGAAUUUCUAAAUCUUCGACGGUUUUUAGAAUCUCUUCCUCUCGGUUUCGCGCCGCAAAUUGCUCCAAAGCAGUCUUCUUUUUGUACUCUUCGGCUGUUUGUCGUUCGUUCCGGAGCUGUUCUUCAAGCUGCUCACGCGCAGUACCCAGUUGGCUAUGUGCUCGAGUGAUCUCUUCGUCCUUUCUCUGGUCAUCUUCAGCUACCCGCUGGUCCAUGCUGGCUUUUUCGGCAGCGACCUGACGUCUGAGACCGUCGAUUGUAGCAUCUCGUCGUUCAAUGCGGGCCUUGAGUUCUGCUACAUAAGGCCUUGUUUCCUUCUCAUGAGUCGCGACGAGAGCGUCGUAUGCCUGAUUGACUCGAUCCAAAUGUGCCUUGGUUUCUUGAAGCUCAGUUUCCUGUGCCCUGGUUGUGUGCUCUGCUGCACUGUAAUCGCUCGUAUAGCCCUGCACAAACUCUUGGAGUCUGUCAAUUUCGUCAACAACCUCUUCUGUUAUGUUUCGGCGGUCAUUCGCCCUAUUCUUGGCUGUAAUGGUUUCAUCUGCCCUUUCGUUGGCUGCGUUGACUUCGUUGAUAAGCGAGUCAUUUCGACUUUGAAGGUUUGAGUUCUGUCCGUUGAGCACGUUGAUCUGCUGUACCAACUCCUCCCUUUCCUUCGCAUUCCUAUUCGCCUUCGAGAGUUCAGAGUCGAGGAAGUUGACCUGGGUUCGGAGUUCUCUGUUUUCAGCUGGGAGAUGAUCGGUCUGCUUCAACAAUCUACCUUGUUCGUUGAUCUUGGUCUCGGCGUCCUUGAUAUGAACAGAAAGCGAGGCAUUCUCUUCUACAAGAGUUCUGUUCUCUGCUACCAAGCGGGCGUUAUUCUCUGCGAGUUGGUUCAUCUCUUCGGUCGGAGCGGCUUCUACGGAAAUGUGUUCGUGCCUUCUGAGUUUCUUGAUUUCCUUGUUGCGCGUUGCAAGCUCAGACUCAUAAUGCUCCACCAAAGCUUCUUUGUCCACUACGAGUUUGUCAUGUUCUGCGGCAAGCCGUUCUUUUUCAGCCACUACUUUAAUGUAGUCUCCCAAGCUGGUCUCUUGGGGUUCCACUUGCCUUUGCCUUCUGAGAUGCUCAAAUUCUUCGUCGCGCGCUCUGAGCUCAUCCUCCAGGCGCUUGAUCGUGGCUUGAGCCAAAUUGUAUUUUCCAGUGUCCGGAUGAAGCAGGUCGUUCAGCUGGUCCUCGAGCACAGACGUGUCGUUGAUAGCAUAAGUCUUGUUAAGGUCUUGUGGUUUUUCAACACCGUGAAAAUCGUAUAAGAAGCUUGUGCGGUUGAGUUGCCUGAAACGUUCUUCUGUUGCAGCAAGCUGACGCUUGGUAAUCUCUCCCUUAACCUCCUUGUCGGCCAGCUCCUCACGUAGUUCUGAGAUCGCUCCCCUCAGUUCGUGGAUUUCAUCCUCUUGGUCCACCUCUUUCUGUUGGAGAAGAUCCAACUCGCGCGAAAACGCUGCUCUGUCUUUGGUCAAGACAUCGAUUUCGCGUUUCUUCUCUACUUCAAAUCGACUAAGAUCCAACGCGAACUUGGCCUCCCCAUCUGUGAUUCCUACAGUUCGGUCUCGGACCGUUUUCUGCAGGUCGGCGAUUUGUUUCUCGUGUCUGCUAUUUUGUUCGCGAUAUUUUUCGAGCUGGGCGACCAUGAUCUCUGCCUUUUCUUCCUUUGCAUGGAGAACCGUCCUACAAUCUUCCACAAUUCGCUGGUUCACUUCCACCGUCGCUUUCAGAUCUUC